AGCAGGUCCCAGGAAGGUUGCAUUGCAUGGCUGCCUCUCCAAGGCUGAGCAACAACACCAACUGGCGCUCAUCAACUGGAUACAAUCCCCAAACCUGGAAACCAGCACUUGCCUCGCUUCUCAGACCACGUCUUCAGCAAGUCUCCAAGUGACACACGGCAGGCAACAGAAAGCAGGCAGACACCAGGCCAACUUUCCUCACCUUCCCCCUUAACUCCUCACCGAACUACUACCCAUAAGAAGCCAUCCUCCCCGACGUUCCCCAUACUGUCUGACUUCUGUUUUUCUUCUCUAUCCUCUCUCAACCUCCAACAUCCCACACUUCUCUUUACAUCCUCUCAUCUUCAAUUUCACAGCCUCUCUACCAGAGUCUUCCUACCAAAACAUUCACUGCCUAUCCCCGUCUUCCCACACACAACUUUAAUACUACCUAGUCAUUCAUCAUGGCCGGCCACGUGUGCUAUGUUGUUCCUCCCCACCUACUCAAGGCCAUCGCCAACGCCGAGUGCAAUAGUGAGCAUGAGCGUCAUGCCGCGAGACAGGCUUUGAACCUCCGCGAGCUGUUCACCACCCGCCGUGCCGAGCGCCUCGCCAUCCUCGGUGGCCCUCGUGCCCAGCGCCACCAGCUCUCCUCCCGUUCCCGCCCUUCCAUCGUUCCCGAUAUCUUGCUCCAGCACAUCGCCGACUCAACAGAUGUCGACGAUGACACCAGAGCCUGCGCCAAGAGGGAUCUUGACCACAUAAGAGGUGUUCAACAAAAGGUUCAGCAGGUCCAGCAAGGCGAAUCUGAGGGUCUCCAGGACCAGAUCACCCUCGCUGCCACUGCCGGCAAGAAAGCCCCCAAGGACGACAAGUUCUAUCGAGCCAUCUAUAACGCCAAGAACAUCGAGGACGAGACCAAGUUGCCUGGCGACGUGGUUCGUGUAGAGGGCCAGAAAGCCGUCGACGACAAGGCAGUCAAUGAUGCGUUUGACAACGUUGGCGAGGUACUGAAGAUGUACAAGGAGAAGUUUAACUGGACUUCCAUCGACAACAAGAACAUGCAUGUCAUCAGUUCCGUCCACUUCGGUCAGAAGUACGAGAACGCAUUCUGGGACCCCGAGCGUAUGCAGAUGGUGUUCGGAGACGGCGGAGAGUUCCUGAGUAACUUCACCGGAACCAUCGACGUCAUCGGGCACGAACUCACCCACGCGGUGACGGAGCACACCAGUCCUCUUGAUUACCAGGGAAUGAGCGGAGCACUCAACGAGCAUGUUUCUGACGUAUUCGGCAUCAUCGUGAAGCAGAUCGUCGAAAAGGAGGAUGCCGAGAAUGCCGACUGGCUCAUUGGCGAAGGCUGCAUCAUGCCCGGUGUCAAGGGCGUUGCUCUCCGGAGCAUGAAAGAGCCCGGCACUGCCUACGACGACCCGCGAUUCGGAAAGGAUCCUCAGCCAGCCCAUUUCAAGGACUACGUCCCGACUUUCGAGGACAACGGUGGUGUCCACAUCUACUCGGGCAUUCCGAACAAGGCCUUCUAUCUUGCGGCGAAGGCCUUUGGCGGUUUCUCGUACGAGAAGGCUGGUCCCAUCUGGUGGAAGACCAUGAACUCGGGUCGCGUCCCUCCCAAGUGCACGUUUAUCCAGUUUGCCGAUGUCACAACCGAGAUCGCGGAGGAGCUUUAUGGAGAUGAGGCAGGCAAGAUCGUCAGAGAUGCCUGGAACGAGGUCGGCGUGACCAGAAAGGGCAAUUAGGAACCGAAGCUUCCGCCUGGCUGCAAGCCCAUGUGAUGGGAUGUUUGGGGCAAUUCUUUCCACUGAGUAACACACGAGUAUUGUCUACGUAGUAACAGAGUUACCUAGAACCUAUCAGAACCAUUCUCCUGCUCCGCUGCACAUAGAUUACAGGAGCGUUGUAAUUCCCUCGAAUCGUUGAGUUGUAUCACGCUGCCAAAUCCCGUCUCAUUUUCUUGUAAGGCUGUAGUGUCAUGUUCAUUACCUUGCCCCUUGUCAUUCCUCGCUGAACGUUGACUUUUGCUACUACAUUUCAUGGCAGUCGCUUUCACGUUGCAUAGAAUGGACAUUGAGAGUUUGUUGAAACCGGCAACUUAUAUCUACAGAACCAGGUGGCCAAGAGCC